UUCUGUGUAUGAAAUGAACAGAACGCGCUUGACUUCCAAAUAACGCUUAUAACUAAAAAAAUCGAUAUAAAUGAGUGUAAAUACUGUGGAAAAUUGACAAAUAUUAAGUGAGUCAAAGACUUUUCACAAGUUCUUCGCGUUCUUUACAGAACUAACAAUAAUAGAUCAGGUAAAACAUCAAGUGUUCCCAUGGAUGGUCUAUGGCCGCUAAACAAGUAAGGAGUAAAUUCGCCUUAACCUCAUUCAAUAUCUUGUAAACAAGAUUAGAAUUAAGAGUCUGGCAAUCUAAUGAAAUCAACACAUUCUGUAAUGAAAUAAAUGUCAGUUAUGUGAAAGAACAUGGAAAAUAAUUCUGCCCCACAUUGAGUUCAAUAAAAUUAGCGCGAUGAAUAACCAUGCAAAAAACUUUUCAAACUCUAGUACCAUUACUACCAGCAAUGUCAAACAAGAAAGACAGGACGAAGCCGAAAUACGAGAACUGGCAGCAAAAUUUGUUGAAGCAAAUAAGGCUAAAAUGGCACUACCUCAGAGACCUGCACAACCUCCUGGUCAAAGCAUGAAUAUUUUGAGUUUUUUAUCUAGUGACAAAGCGAAAUUAAAGGGAUUAAGUCAAUCAAGCCCUGAAGAAAACAAAAACAUUGACGAGGAUUCAUUGAAAGGCCGUUUUGGAUGGGCUACCAUGGGAAAAACCCAUAUUCCCUACAUUAUCCGAUCAGGUGAAAACUAUUGUGCCGUACGGAUGGUGGAGAUGAAAGUACUCAACAAAUGGUUAAAUUAUUUGCACCAAGAUUUAUAUAACUGUACCAAUAUUAGAAGCUACUAUAUUACAGAGGUUGAGGCAAGACUCCUUAAUGAAAUAAACCUAAAACAUUGUGAUUACCAAUUUGGAAGAGAACAGUUUACGUCUAGGGAUUUAAUUGUUAGGCUUUCUGAUGCAAAUGAGUUCUAUCAGUUCUUAGGUCAUUGCUACCAUAAGUUAGUGAAUAGUUUGGAACCUAAUCAACCAAAUCGUUGUGGUUUUAUCCGGAUUAACCGGGAGUCAGUGGUUCCAUACACUGUUUAUAAUGAACAAAAAUAUGUGCCGUUAUUUUAUUUUGAGGGUGAAACAGAUAACCUAAAAUUAAGAGCUGACAAAUUAGAAGGCUGGGAUCUAUCAUACUUAAAAUUUUGCUGCAAGGUUCAGGGAAUACGGAAUGAAUUGUUUGCACAUGACUCAUGUUCAGUGAUUAGUUUAAAUGAUAUUAAAAAUUAUUUCCCUCCUGGUACCCUUUUUGAAGAUUAUUGGCCCAAGAAGAAUUUAGAUUCUUCACAGCUAUUAAUUUCUGGAAGGACAAGUUUACCACAGAAUGUGCACUGGACAAGGCAACCUAUUGCUCCUCCCAUUUCUACACAUCCUCCGCCGAGUCCGAAGCCCGCCACUCAAGCAAAAGCUGCUAACAAUGGUCCAAUGCAUAAUGUCCAUGUUUUUUCAAACUAUGGUAUUGCCGGAGGGCAACCUCCUUACCACGCUGCCCAACCUAGAGCUGCAACAUCUGCUGUAAGGGCUACAUAUCCUUCUGCUCCUUCAAGGCAUAUGAGACCUGCUGCUAGUUACUAUGGGAAUAUGGGUCAAGCACCACCUCCACCUCUUGUACGAUCAUCAUCUUUUCGAUUUAAUCCAGCAUCUACUGCUGCGUGUGAUCAAAGGCUGGACGAAAACAGUUGGAUAGGUCAGUAUAAUGCUCAAACAAAGGCAGGAAACUAUAUGGUCGUUGAGCCAAAUCUUACGCAAAAUAGUUACCACCAAGCAACAUCCCAGGCCAACUAUCCCCCACCACCCUUACUUCAGCAUAUGAAUGGGGGUAUAUCAAGAUAUGAAGUGCCCCAAAGGUAUGCCAGUGAUUUGCUUGACCUGGAUGCGUGCAGAGAUGGACUAAAUUUUGGCACUAAUCGACAAAUAGAGCAAUUAGUAAAUCAAAACCCCGCGCAUCAAGCUUCGUCUCGAACGGAGACCAGUACUUCAGCAGACGACCGACCUGUUUUGACAAAUGGUCGACCAUUAAUGAACAAUGCGAAUAGAAACAAACUUAUUAAUUUGCCAGAAUUAUCCCCUACCGGUAGCACAAACAUUCCAUAUAAAAUGCAUAAGGCUCACGUAGAAGGAAAAAUAUUGAACUGUAUCAAUAUGAAGGCUGGAUUAUAUACCGAAUUGCUAGUUUCCUUACAGGACCUUGUUACAAAUUUUUUUAAUAGCGUCCCAAUACAAAGUUGCCAACAGGUGAUGCAAGUAUUGGGGAUUGAAGUAUAUAAAGCUAAUACAGGCCAAAUUCGGGUACUAUUUGAAAAUGGAAAGUGUCAGAAUUUGAAUGAAACAGUACCUUUAGUGCAAGUGAGGAAUGUGAUAGACUUUAUGCCCCAAUUAAAAUAUAUGUUAAGAGGCAUGAUAACUUCGGAUGUCGCAGCAAAAAGACAAAGAAACAGCUAGGGAUUGUUGUAUUGGAGGCCCCCAUGGAUGAACUUGUAUAGUAGUUUCCUUGACAACUACUAUCCACAUUGUAACAACUAUAAUCACUGUGACUAUUUCGAAUACGAAUCAGAUUGUGACUAUAGAUACGGCUGGUACUGGUGAAGUGAACUGUUUUGUCAGUCCUCCAAUAUAACGCAAAUGGUUUUUAAAAAUUGUUCCUAUAAAAGUGUAAAAACAAAAUAAUCAUGGACACACCACAGUUUAGAGAAACAUACUUCGAAUUUGAACAGUUUGCGCUGAUGUUUAUUUUAUUUUUUAUUUUCCAACACUAAAACUGUGCAUGUGACAUUUACAGAUAUUUCUAUUUAAAUUAAUUAUUUUAAAGUAUAUAUUACUUUAAAAAGCUAAUAUAGAACCUGUGGUUCCAAAAUAAAACUAAAUAUAAAAAAAGAUUUAGUUUUAUUGUAUUCCAAUUCCUUGUGUGGAUUAUUGAUCGCUUUCCGGGAAAACAUUUCUUUUGUCAGAUAGAUGCGAGUAUUUGUAGAUUUUUAGGAGCAAGGGGCAUUUUUAAAUAAAGUUAGAUAAACUUUACAACCGGUAAAGUGAGAUGUAAAGAUAAACCACAGGUUAUUGGGUGUAAAAGGUGAACAUAUUCUUUUAUUCGUUUGUCUAAACAUAUAAACAUAUUCGCCCACUCUAGUCCAUUACAAACAUUGUGAAUCACUACCCCCUAAACUCAUAAAUCUAGACCUUUUCCAAAAUCGUAAACGUGUGUAUAUAUUUGAAUCAUCGAAUUUGGAAAAAAUAUUUAUGGGCUUUAUGCCAAUUUAGUCUUAAGUUUUAUUAUUGUUUGUUUAAAAAUUAAUUUAAAUAGAAAAAUAUCUGACAAUUGCCUCUAUUAUCAUAUUUAUUUAUUUUAUUAUAGCUAAAGAUAUAAAAUAGUUGUUAAAUCAAUGUGAGAUGUCCAGGGUAGGGGAUAAUUUAGGAUUGCGUAUUCUGAACCAUUUAGGAUAUGACUAGUGAUGUUGACUUUCUAUUUUUAUUUAUUCAAAUUGAUUACCUGAUUUGUAAAAUUCACUUUUGUUCAAUUGAAGAUCUGAUAAUAUCUCAUUAAAUGCAUUUGAGAAUUAUUUUUUUAAGAGCUUUUGUGUUUUCUCCUGCCUGUGAUAUAUCAGAAAAAUUACAGAUCAGUAUUUUGAAAAUAAUUUCAGCUUGCUAAAUAUACAUUCAGCAUUUCGGUCUUUAUGGUCAGAGACUUUGAAAAUAUUUUCCAAUAAGGCACUUACUUCUGUGUUUAUAUAUAUAGCAUUGUAUAUAGUAAUUGUCUUUAGGCAAACCAUAGAUAAUUACUUUUAGCUCUUUAAGUUUUCUUUGUUGAAAAAGUCUUUGUGAUAAAUCCUAAGUUGGACAGUCUGGUUCCAAUGUUUUGUAACCAUAUGAUGAUGUUAAACCUUGGUCAAGGCGUUAAUAUUUUAAAUUUCGUGUUCUGACCCUACAACGCCUUGUAUUAAGUUUAAGUUAAUGGUUUUAGAUUGUUUGUACCACGUCGACCAUGCCAGAUUUAUUUGAUCAACUUUAAUUUAAAAUUGUAGCGUUAUCAAAUGUAUAUUGAGAUUUUAGCAAUACAAAUAGAAUGUGCCGCUUGUGUUUGGUUUUGUUGCCCACAAGCACCAAUAUUGAUAGCAAAUUUUGAAAUUGUAUAUUUAAUGAUGUAUCAUAUUGUAAAUACCUAAGUUAUUCUCAUUUCAUCGCCCAUUUUGAAAGCAACUACUCUGACAAUAAAGACCAAUAUUAAACAGCUAAAUGUAAAUUAAAACCUUCAAAAUUAGUUAAAACAAUAUUGAUGGCUGUUAGCUAAUCAUAAAAGGAAUUCGUGUUUGGCUCUCUGGCAGAUUAUUCCCUAUUUUAAUUCAUCUAUGUAUAUGUAUACUGUAAGGAAGACGUCUGUAACAUUUUUCAUUUCUAAAGGUUUUUCUAAGCAAUGUUGUUACAUAUUUUUUGGCAAAUUUGUUUGAUACUAUUAUUAUUAGACUUAAUGUUACUAUGCAAUGUAUAUAUUCGACAUUA